GCCAAAACUGUUCCAACAUGUCAGUCCUUGCGACCUUUUCACACUCACAGUAUCAUAAUCCACAAUAUGUUAAAGUUCAGAAUAUUUUCACUGUUACUGAUGCGAGGCAUUCCUUUUUACGCAACUCGACAUAUCAUAACUAAUUGUAUUAAUGUUUAUUAGAACAAUAGACAUAUCUUUGAUUUGGAUCAUGAUAGGACGCCUUUGCAAUUAUUCCAAUGCAGUAGAUGUCGCUGUAACUAGUUUUACACAGGGAUAAGUCGCUUUGAAAACCGAGGAAAUAAACGGCUUCCUUAGCAACGGCACGGUAGAAGAAUAUUUGUGUUUGUUCGCCAGCCACCAUCCUAGCAUAUGUUUUAGAGAUAUAUUGAAGGCUUGAAAGUUGUAGCUCUGCGGAAGGUGUCCGAGAAUCAUAUAUUCGCUGGUCAAUAGAAUGGAGAUGUAUCACUGAAAGUGUGAGGAAGUUGCGAUAAUAAUCAUGUUAGCUACUAAUGUUAUAUCGUGGUUAACUAGCAAUAUUGUUGCACUGAAUCUUUUUCUUUUUAUCGUGUACCAUUAGCUGAAGUCGUAUAUUUACUCUUUAACAGACAUACCAGCUAUGCACAUAAGAUGAUGCAUAAAAUCAUGUGUUGGACUGUGCUGUCGGUGUUUGUACUCUGCAUUAUUUCUACAGUGGCGUUGGCUGUAAAUCAAACAGGUUCGCCUUCAGGCGUUAAUAACAACAAUGUUACCGACGAGCCCAUUUUAUCCUCCACGUCGACGGAAUCUGACUUUUUUGCAACAUCAACUCAGGGUCUCCUCACCGAGACAACUUUACUAAACAUGACUACAGACAGCACACCGACGGAGAGCAGCCCCACAAAUGCCAGCACUACAGAGACCACUACACUACAGACCACUACAGAGACAGUUCCUAAAGUGUGCUCAUGUGAUAUCACUCCAGGAUUCUGUGAUAUUGGCUGCUGCUGUGACACAGUGGACUGUGGAAUCGAUGACUUAGGCUCAGUCUUCAGUGAUUGUGAAAAAGAAACAAGGUCACCUGGUGUGUGCGUUGAGAAGUGGUUGAUGUUCCGAGCAAACGUUGAUCCUGACCUCAUCACAGUCACUGACUCAUUAUUCUGUGUGCGAGAAGAAGAAACAACAACAGAGAAGCAAAGCCCCCCCACUUUUUCAGAGCAGCGGCGAGACCAGGUGUCCCCUUCCUUCUUACAGCAAGAUGACGCAUCCAUAAGUCCCACUGUCAGAGACUUCUAUAAGGUUGAUGAUGAAAUACUUCUCCAGUACAACCUUGUCUCUAUGCUGGGUACUCUAAAACAACCAUCAUCAGGGGUAGCCUCAUCCUUCUGCGUUGACCUUAACCCAGCCAGAUUCAUGCGCUCCACAUCACAGUCUUGCACUCGUGCCUUAAAUGCUCAGUCCUGCUCAGCCGAUCACAGAUUGAAUGUGCAUUCUUACUUUAAAGAUAUCAGCCUGCUCAGGGUACCAAAUCCGCAAAACAACGUGGAGGUAUCAGACUUGCUGAUCCCAAUUAUCCCUGUGACAGACUGGCCUCAGCCCAGUGAGCAAAAUGGCACCUGCUUGCAUAUCAUGUCUAGGGUGGAGUAUAUUAUAGAGUUUACACGUUAUGGAGAAAUCACGAGUGCAACAAUACAUGCUGACUUCCUCAAUUCCAGCCUGGAUACACAAAUAUUACAGAAGUUUUCUAUCAUCUUUCAGUUAGCCACAGCUGGCCCUACACCUGCACCUUUGCCAGUGAUGGGACUAAUUGUUGGAACCCCAGUGAUUGGUCGGUUCGGUGAAGAUGUCAAUCCUCUGAUGACUCUCGCUCCAGCAGUAUCCUGCUCCGUUCCUCUCAUGGCUCGUGUGCCCAUCCGCUUCACACACAACUCCAUCUCUGGAUGCUCCUUCAGGUCGGCCUCCCAGAGCUGUGGCGAGCUGCGAUCAGAGAUGUAUACAGUCUUGACUGGCCUCGCCACCCCUGACUUGGUAGCCAUGACUUCAGGACCACAGCCAGACUGGGCAGAGGUCAUCACCGAAGACUGCCCGGAGUCACAAGCUGGGGGUUCCUGUGAGGCUGGCUGUACUGUCCCUCACUCCCUCUCCAUUCAGUUUCUCUGGGCCAAGAGAGGGAUGCUGUCUCUCCCUCAGCAUUACAUCCUCGGCGCAAAAUACCAGUUUGGUUGUCAGAAAGUGAAGUGUCCCCUCGUCUUCUCGCUUGCUGUCACCUUGGAGGUGACCUUUUCAGAGAUCACUGCAUACCCGGAGUCUCCCAGAGGAGAGCCUCAACCUGACUGGAAGUUUCCAUACGACUUUUUCACCCGAGGACAAGUGGAGCUGGAUGGUGGUCUGUGAAAGUGGACACCAAAAUGACUGCUGUAUCUCCACCCAUCAGAAAGAAGCAAAACGAUGUACAAGCCUAGCAUUUACAUUUCCACCCAGUCAGUCCUUGACGUUUAACAGCUAUACUGAUUAGGAUUUAGUAUAUUUAUGGUGUUCAUCCAAAACGCAGCUCGCCAUGACACGGUUCUAGUUCUGAUCCUGCUGUAUGUGUAUUAGGAUGUUGAAUGUUUAUUUUGUCAGGAAGUUUUAUACUUCAUAAACACAUCAAAAGAGGAAGCAAGAAGUAUUUUGUAUGUCAGUGUGUCUGUGUGUAUGCACGUGUGUUUUGGUGGUUAUUUCAGCAAUGUCUGUUUUUAUAAUUAGAUAAUGUAGAAAUGUUUAUAAUAAGGUGGCAAUAUGUAUAUAGUUGUAAUAUACUUGUAAUAAUAACUUUAUGGAAUAAAUAUGUUGCUUUGGAUUUCCAAA